AUGGUGAGGAAUAAUGAUUCUGCAAAACCAAAUGAUAUAAAUGUUGCUUUUGACUUGGAUAAUACAAGGGAGAUUGCUGGGGAGGAUAUGGAAAAUGGUAGGAAUAUGCCUAUAUUGGGACAUCCAACUUUCCCUGAGAAGAUGACUGAUAUUGGAAACUCUAAAGCUGAUGAGAUGAUUACUGAACCUGUCCCACAGGAUAUGAAUAAUAAUUCUGAUACUGUCAAGGUUGUAGCAGGGGAUAUGGAAAUUCAAAAUGGAGAUACAGAGAGAGUUGAUGUGGGAAAUCUUGAUAAUUCUCAGGUGGAUUAUGAUUGUGAAACUCAAGUUACUAGUGUAAAAUGGAUUAAGUGGGAGUUUCCAUUUGAGGGAUCCCUGAAAUUAAAUGUGGAUGGGGCCUCCAAAGGGACUUCUGAAUUAUUUGGGGGAGGUAUGGUGGUAAGGGAUUCUAGUGGUCAGAUGAUAUUGGCUACUUCUGUUUUGCUGGAUGGGCUACAGAUGGUUAGACAGAAUAGAUUGGAGGAGAAACAACUUAUGAUUGAGUCUGAUUCACAAAUUCUAGUUCAGAUGGUUUUGGGGAAAGUUGGGGUACCUUGGAGGAUUAAAGGGAUUUUGGAGCAAAUUUGGCAGGAGCUUAAGAAGAUGCAGUUUUAG